CAAAUAAAACAGCUAGUUAUAAAGACAUCGCGCCAUUUAUAACUUUCAUCUCAUACUCAUAUCAAAAUCGUGAAAUGUGAGAGCUCGACAGCGGAUCACCACCGCUCACCGUUUUUAGCAACUCCGACGGAGCUGUGCCUCUCGGCAAAACCAGGGUCUUCUUCCGUAUUGGCCGCUAUUCGACCUCACGUCUUUGAUACACGGAAUUGGUACCUAGGCAAUGCAAGAUAUUUCCCAGCACCGCUCGUAUCCAGCGUCUCGGUCUAAGGAUCCUCUUCAGAUGACAUUGGAGAGGACAGACUAGAUCUCCUCGUUCGCAAAAUGCCGUCCUCAGACGACGCGGCUCUCGAGGGCGAUCGCCUCCUCGGCCCCGAGUCUGAGUCUGAGUCUGAGUGCCACUCAACAAGCCUCUUCUUCCGGAUCGCCGCAUCGAUGUUCUCCUUCACAGUCCUGGGGAUGAUGGUAUCGACACUCGGCGUCAUGGUCCCCCAGUUCGAAAACUACUACCACCUAACCGACCUCGGCGUCUCCUUCGUAUUCCUCGUGUGGCCCGUCGGGUACGUGGCCGCCGCGUAUCUCAACGGCGCCAUCCACCUCCGCUGCGGCCAGCGCGGGAUCGCUGCCAUCGGCCCCCUGUUCCACAUUACCUUCACCGCAGCCGCCGUCGCCGCCGCGCUCCAUCCGUCGUUCCCAGUUUUGCUCGUCGCGCUGGCGACCGGGUCGCUCGGGACCGGGAUCCUUGACGGCUCGUUUUGCGCCUGGGCCGGCGGCAUGGAGAACGCGAAUAUCGUCCAGGGGCUCCUGCACGGGUCGUUCUCCGCAGGUGCGGCCGUUGGCCCGUUUCUUGCCGGCACGGUGCUCUCGGUCGGGCAUCUGCCGUGGUACACGUGGUACUACGUUCUCCUAGGCGCCUCCAUCCUUGAGGCCGUAAUACUCCUCCUCGCCUUCCGGUUCGAGGACUCGGAGAAGUGCCGCAACGACCAUCAACAGGAUCGUCUACUCGAGACGCAAGCAGAAACUCGUCCCGACACCAAGACCGCCAUCUUCAAGCACAGCGUUACAUGGAUCUGCGCCGUCUACUUUCUAGCCUACGUCGGCACCGAGAACGCCAUCUCCGGCUGGAUUGUAGUUUUCAUGCAGCGAGUUAACCACGCAUCCGACUACUUAGCCAGCCUCUCGUCGUCCGGCUUUUGGAUCGGUCAGGCAGCCGGCCGUCUCGUGCUCGGAGUUGUAACCGACAGGAUCGGCGUGAGGACCGCAACGACCGUCUACCUGAUCGCCGCUCUUGCAUUUGAGCUCCUCUUCGCCGCUGUACACGUCCCCGCGGUCUCGACUGUUACGAUAGCGUUGCUUGGAUUCUGCCUGGGCCCAUUAUUCCCAGCCGGCAUCUUCAUGAUGACUCGUCUACUACCACGGGAGUUGCAUGUGGAAGCUAUCUCAUUCGUAGUGUUGCUUGGUCAAAUUGGAGGCGCGUUACUACCUUUCGCUCUCGGAGCUCUAGCCAACACCCUCGGGAUCCGAGUCUUCCAAGUAGUGGUUUUCGCCCAAUUGGUCGCCACGCUUCUGAUUUGGUUCGCAUUUCCAAGAUUACCAUAAAACACACUGCGCAGGGAGCGAAUAGAAUAAAUGAUGAGUUAAUAAUAUCAUCAAUUGCUAAACUAGCUAUGUUCUGAAAUAGAGUGAUAUCGGUUCACCUAUCCUCCUCCAUUACCUACUUUAUUUAAUUCGUCUAUGGAUGUAAAGGAUUACCGA